AUGGUGUUGUUCGCAUGGCGGAUCGGUUCAUUUAGAGCUCUGAGUUCUUUGGGGGUUCGACGGAUGAAUGCAGCGUGUGUGGCUGCCAUUGUGGAGGGUGGUAAGCAGGCGGUGCGAGAGCAAGUGGCUUCCAGAAAGUUUAAUCCAAAGGAGGCAAGUGCAAUAGUGGAGCAGACACAAGCAAUUCAUGCCUCCGUGAAGGCCUUUAUGGAGAUAUAUUUUACUUCAUAUAUCUUUUUAGGUGAUAUGGAUUUGACAGGCCUCCGUCAACUAUGCUGCGAUCUCGACCUCGAGGAGAACCCAUUGGAAAGUAGCUCUUAG